CAGUUGACAAUCAGACAAUAGGUAGUGUAAGAUAUAUCUCCAGGUGUUGGUGGAAAAUUCAAAGGAAAACUUUGUAUUUCAAAUUGCUAUUUCAAAUCUGCUUUUACAGGCACAAAAUUCCAAAUCAUGUUCAACACUACGGAGGUAAACAGAACGAUGCCGACUCUGUCCGAUUUGGGAUAUGAGGCAACCACAGCGUACUUGAUUAUUAUUGGUAUUUUGGGAUUCUUUGCCAACUCUUUCGUCAUUUUAGUUUUACUUAAAGCCAAAAUAAAUUUUCGAGGGAUACACAAUAAGCUAUUGCUGAACAUAGCAAUAUCGGAUCUUGUGGUAUCUGUAACAGCUGUUCCAUUAUCUGCAUCAUCAAGCUUUGCCAAACACUGGCUGUUUUCUAACGUUGGGUGUACUAUUGCCGGAUUUGUCAUGUUUACCUGUUGUUUGAACGACAUCAAUACCCAUGCAGCGAUUGCAAUAUAUCGAUUUAUUGUUAUUUGCAAGCCACAAUAUGAUUACUAUUUGAAAAGAAACACGUCAAUAAGAUACAUCUUGGCAAUUAUAUGGUGUCACACGUUACUUUUUACGAUUGUACCAAUCUUCGGAUGGAGUCGAUACACUCCAGAAAGCUUUGGAGUAUCCUGUUCUAUUGCAUGGUUCGAUAACUCUGCAGCUGUUCUUGCUAACAACAUAGCAAUAGUCAUAGGAUGUUAUUGUAUACAUGUGAUUAUCUUCACAUUUUGCUAUUCCAACAUCAUAAGGACAUUUUCUAAAACGACUUCUACAGUUGCACGACUCAGAGAAGAGAUCAUUACUGACGCACAUACCCUUAAGCUGGAGUCGAUGUUGAAAUACCAUAAAAUCUUAACCUAUAGGAAGGUUACAUUGGCGUCUCUUGCAAUGGUUUCCGCCUUUUUGAUCGCAUGGAGUCCUUAUGCAAUCAUAUGUUUAUACUUUAUGAUCAGUGAAGCUCGACCAAAUUCUACAUGGCCGUACAUUGUUCCAACAAUGUUUGCGAAGAGUAGCAUAGUUCUAAGUCCGCUGUCUUGUGCCUUGUUCAGCUCUAGUUUUAGAAAGUCUGUAAAACAACUGUUCAGUAAGAGCGGUGAGGAUUAUAAUGACAUGGAAGAUGGUACAGAACUCCAAGCCAUAGCUCCUUUGAAAAGCUGAAUUUCUC